AUCCUUGAAUUCGAGUGUGCUGUUGUUUUUCGUUCGAGAUUGAGCAUAUAUGACCACAUUUGUAUAUGGGUCUGUGUGAUUUGCUGUCGCGAAGCGUUUCUUAGCUCUUUAGAAAUUUUGGGAUAUUCAAGUGUUGAUUUUAUCUUGGAAUUUGAGCAAAUCCGACUAUUGGGUUCGUGUUAUAGGAUGUACUGCGACAGAUCGCUAAUGCGUUAUGUAACGCAACUGAGUUUGGAACGAGGAUUGAAGGACUGUUUGAUUGCUCUCUCAAACAAUUAUGGUGUAGCACGUUUUUUUUUGUUGUUUUUGUUUCGUUGGAUUCCAUUCGUGCUUGUGUGGGAGUUAGGGGAUCACGUAUCGUUAAUGGAGAAGAAUCUGCAACGAUUUCUGUGGUGAUAUGAUGAAUGUCGAGGGUUCGCAGGUGGUCGAUGACGAUGAGGAGGAAUUCGAACCACUCUUCAACUACAGCCAAACAGUUGGUCCAGCUCCAACAUUUUUAAGUGAUGAAAGUGAUAAUGACGAGGUCAUAUUCACAUCAGCACCCAAGCGUAGGCCUGAAAUUCAGUCAUCUAAGAAGCAAUCUGCAGCAGCCCCACAGAAGGUCCCCGCCAGACAGCCAAACUUGGAUGACGACGACGACAGCUGGUUGAUGUCUUUGCCUCCCAAGCAGCCGAAGCAACCUCAACCUGAAAUUGUUACAGAAAACUGUGCAUUACAACUGUUGAGGGAGAAGAGAAGAGAGUUAAUGUUGUUGGAGCAAAAAGCUUCACCAGGGGCAAUUAGAAAUAUUGAGGAACUAGCAAGGAUGGAAGCACAAUAUCGUCCCGAACCGGAGCCGCCUGUGAUCGUGAAGGCGCCCACUACGAAAUCUGACGAGUCACUAACGGGAGAGGCCGCUGCAACUGGAAAGGGAAAAAUCUUGCUUAAAGUUCAAAACAAGGCUGAAAAUUCUCAAUCUAUCAGGAUAUACACGACCGACAAAUUUGAGAAGCUAUUUACUGUGUAUGCGAAAAUGGCUAAAGCUCCUCUUGCAAACAUGACUUUUCGUUUUGAUGGAGACCAGCUGUCUCCCAAUAGUACUCCUGAGGAGCAUGACAUGGAGGAUGGUGACAUCAUUGAAGUUCAUGAUAAGAGGUGACUGAGCUUGUAAGUUGUAAAUGUAUAUUAAGUUGUUGCUACAGACCCUUUGCUGAAAUGAUGGCCUUACAAACGACAAUUGUAUUUUAUAAAGAUAAUCAAUUUCAAAUAUAAAGGUUUUACAUAGAAUUUCGUCAA